CUUUGUUUUGGCGGUUGUUGAUAUCACGCAUUAACCUCAAAUAAUUUGACAUGUUUAUCACUUAAAAUUGUUAAAAUGACGAAUUAUAAUACAAUAACAGCCGUCCAUGUAAAAAAAUUAGGUCAUAUUUUAGAUGAAAUUAGAUUGAGGGCUUUAGAUAAUAUUAUUUCAAAGUUUAACCUCGGUUUUGGAUGCGAUUGCGAUGCUGUCAAAAAGGAGUUGCUUAUCAAACUUCUCAACUGGUUUUCUUUCGACAUUGUCCCCAGCCCGGAAAAAGUACUGGAUUUGAUACAUUAUUUGAUCAAGACGAAUGGUAGCAGUUAUUUAAGUGCUUUUGGAAAAUUAAGAUUUCAAAAUGAACUUCAUGUUUUACGAAAGAAAAUUGAGAGAAAAUGGCAUGAUAAAAUAAGUAAAAUAGAAGAAGCUGUUUUAAAUCAGAAUGAGUGUGCAGCCGAAGAUUCUGACAUUUGUGUUAUUAAGAAUCCAAUCAGCGCAAACAUGUGCCGUAGUGAUUACACAGAAAAUAGAUACGAUUAUCGAUACCAAAGCGAUGAAGCCAAAAUGCAGAAUCACCAACAGGAUGUUUUCACAGCUCCCUCACCUUUAGAUCAUUCCGUACCCUUCGAUUUAACUUUGCAAUGCGGAAGUGGAACUGUGGUUUCAAAAAGGACAGAAGGGGGCAUCAAAUGGCUCGUGAUGCCCUGGCAACCAUUAGUUCCAUCGGACAAAGGAGUUUUGUCAGCAGUCGAGGAAACCCUGAACAAUACUCUAGAGACAAAUCUUAUUUUGCACACUUGUCAGUUCAUAACAAAUGUCAUGUUGCAAGAUUUUCCUGCUGAAGUUUUUCUCCAGAGACCUUCGAUAGUUUUGGUUUUGCAUACUCUACUGAAUUCUCAAGAUAAUGAGUCGGAUCUCAAUUCAAGAGAAGUGAUAUUAAUGGUGCUGAAAGCCUUGUAUAAAUUAACGCGAUCGUUGAGGUUUAGGAUAUAUUAUUAUUGCGAUCCAUGUGUUGCAAAUAAGAAACAAAAGGAAUUGUCGAGGAAUUUAGAGAGUAACAAUUACGCUUCCUCGGAAGAUAGAGACAGUCCGGAUGGAGGUCUUUUAGAAGCCAAUUAUCAAGUUUAUCAAUCAGCGGGAACGAGUGAUAGAAGUCACAGCGUGAUAGACAAUUUGGACGAAUCAGUCUUACAAUUGCAACAAAUGUUGAUUCCAACUUACUGUAUCGACUCUCUAAUGAGAGUUCUUUCCCUGCUGAGUCUUCCUGAUGAUCCAAAGCGACCUCUAAAAAUAAACAAACACAUUACCGAUAAUAGCUACGAGCUCGUGCAAUUAUUAACAUUGAGCAUUAUGCCGAACAUUUGGCUCUGUAAUGAUGAUGUCGCUCUCAAGUUACAAGAAGAACUCAAAGAAUUGAUGAAAUUACUGAGCGAAGUUUCGGACUAUUUUGGAAGUUACAGCAGUGUAGAUCACUGCAGAAUAACUUAUUUGCAUCUCAUUAGCAUAGUUACAAAACUAUUGAGCAGUAUCGUGCCGCUGGAAUUGGCAGAUUUAGUCAUACCGAAGGAGCUGAAACUUACAAUUUGUGUUGCCUGCAUGGACGCGCCGAUUUAUUUGAUGUAUCCUGCGUUGCACCUCUUGUUGCAAGAUUAUGCGAGGCAAUUUUCCGGGAAUGAGGAGAUUGAUUGCAUUAAAUUAUUGGACGAAACGCGGACGAUAGCGAAAUCAAUGAAAGCCGCAAUGCUAUUGUUAAAAAGUUCACCAGAAGAGUCCCAUUUGGAAACUUUAAAUACAAUCUACGCAUCGAAACUAAGUCUCUCGUAUCAUAAAAAUGUGAGAGUUGUUAAAAAGAUUGUUAAUUUUUUACAACAUUUGCCUGACUACAAAUUUAGUUCCGAGGAUCUUGGAACUGCCACAAAAUUGACGGCUGGUUUACUAGCCUAUGGGGAUUUGGAUAUUCAAGGUGUAAUGUAUCACGAAUGUUAUUCUCUAGUUGUCUCAAUUUUGGGAGUUGAGUUUACAAGAAACAGACGACACUGGGAAAGCUUGUCGUUUUUAUUUGAGCCAACAAUUAUGACAGAAAUUAUUUGUCAUGGUGCAAAACACGAGAAUGCCAAGAUCAGAAAUAUGGCGGAAGAAAUGCUAGUUUACAUGUUAAAGGGCAAAGUUCAAAUGGGUGAAACGGGCUGGAUGAAAUUUUUAGAGUCCAUGGUUCCCGUAUUGCCUCUUUUGCAAUGUUUGGCGUCCAAUCAGACAAGUUUAGGACAGUCUGUUAUUAAAAUGCUUGAUCCUGAUGUUUCUAAUGAUAUACAACUUUCCUACAUCGAGGUUUUAAAAGGUAAUCUCCGAUUUCUAUUUGCCGCUAACGCUGAUAUAAGAGAAGAAGCUGUAUGUCGAUUAAUUUGGCUACUCGGAAAAGAAAGCGGCUCAGCCCAGAAAUUGCCAAGAUUAUCGUCUCUGCACGGGUUGCCUCUGAGUUCUCUUUGUGUUUUUGAACGAGAAACCUCUUUUAGACGACCUGACGGCAGUUAUCAGAGAACUAGUUUGUUAUCCGUGCUUGAAAUGCUGAAAUCUUCGAGUAUUGAACCAAAAAUUAGGAAAUCGGCUCUGGUUCAAGUGAGCGUGAUGCUAACUGACGUUUCUUUACAUAAACUUUUUAUCGCCGAAAGUGGACUGCAGAUAAUACUGGAAAUGUUUUCCAGUGCUUUGAUUGAAAAAGACUUUAUCAAUUACCCAGAUUCCGUAAUACCAAUAUUGACAAUAUUGAGGUUGCUUUGUGCAACAGAAGCUUCAGUUCGUCGUGAACUCUCUACUCGAGUUGAAAUCUACUUUAAUAUUCUCAGAAGUUUAUUUCUUUUUCCCAAUAACGAGUGUGUUAAAGUGGAUGCUUCCCAGCUUUUAUGCCUACUUCUCUACAACGAAAACAUUAUGAGACUGGGAGAAAAAAAUGUGGACUCGAAUAUUCCUUUCAAUAUUUCACUACCGCAUUUGAUAGUAACGCAAAUGAAACUCCCGUUUACCUGUAAAAGUCAUUGGAAAACGAGCAUUCACAGAAGAUCUGACGUGUCUGUUCUUCACGGUAGUAAUAAUUUGGCAAUCACCUUCGUCAGACAAUUUUGGGCUUGGGAAUGGAAUGGAGGGAUGAAAAUGUUGUGGAGGUCGUGGGAAGAAGUGAAUGAACCGGAAAUCUCGGAAAAACUAAUGAUCCGAGAGUCUGAAUUCGCUUGCCUUCAGUUCAGUUGUCCUUUUUAUUAUUCCCAACAACAGCUCUGCAAUGUGCAAAAUUCCACGACCCAUGAUGGAGUUUCUUGUGCACUGGAUUACUUGACAAUGAACAUGAAGUUGUACAAUAUGCUCAAGUAUGAGAAUUUAGAAGACAUGAGUGAUUUGCCCUGGGCUCAAUCGUUUGAGCGUUUUUUACUUUCUCAUCCGACAAGCAAAGAAGAUUGUGACCUUUUCGUAAAUGUAUUGAGUUUUCUCUACAUUUACGUCAAUCAGAUAAAAACAGGAAAAACCGCGUGGCUUUGUAAAAUAAUGAAAAAUAUGACAAAAUCGUUGUCAGAUUUGCUACGCAGUUUAGACACUAACAAUCAAGAUGUACAUCAGUCUGUUCUAAGAUUAGCGAGAUCUUGUUCAGCUACUGAAGAGUACGAAAAUGAUGCCGAGGAACCAAAAGAUACUUGGAUUAAUUUUAUCGAGCUUGUGGUUUCCAAUUUAUGCUUCGGCGAUCAGCAGCACUUCUAUAAUCUGGCUUAUCUCGAUUGGCUUCUGACUUGUUUGACCUACCUAAUUGGCAAGUGUCAAUGGAGCGGUCACAAGAAAGUCCUAAUAAGUCUCGGAAACGCUUUAAUCGAGCUUAUCAUCUCCUUCCAUGGGGCUGGUACUGUCAGUUUUAUGGGGCUGUCGAUCACGAGGAAUUCCAUAAUUUGUUUGAACCACUUGCUCCAUCAGAUGCAAAUUAAUCUCAGUAAAAGCUGUCGGUCGUCCUUCUGGUAUGAAGAAGGAAGAACCUUAAGCUGGCUGCCAAUGUUGUGGAAAAACAGAGAUCCACUCGUUCGCGCAUCAGCUUUGCAAUUAUUGGCUGGUUUGAUCAGUGGAAUGCACACAGCUUCACAACUUUUAGGUGCCGUUGCACUCGCUCCAAGUGAAUUGUGCCAUUCUCUGAUUUACUGCAUAACGAAUGAAAAAGAAUGUUGUAUCGUCAAAGAGGAAGCUUGCAUUGCGCUUGGCAAUUUGAUUAGGAAUUGUAAUUCGUUAGCGUAUCAAUACGUCGACUCUCUAAAGCCAAACGCUAUAAUCAUCUAUAUCGAGCAAAGUAAUUUUUACUAUGAAGUCAGCGCUCUUUGCUCAAAUUUUUAUGCACGGCCGACUUUAGAUCAUGGAGUAAUAAAUUCUCAAGACAGCGAAAGCUUAAAAAUGGAAUCUGCAGAAAGUUCAACUUCAGGUUGUCUUUCUUUAGUUCCUCGUGCCAUCUCUUAUCUUUACAAUUGUCCAGAGGAUCUGCAACUUCUUUCUUUGAAAGGUUCGGAAAUGACAGAAGAGGACAAUUACCCUCAGUUUGUGGCGACUCCCUCUUUGAUCUCAGCUCUCUGUAAUUUACUCAAUAAUUUGAUAAUUGUCGGAGAACACGAAGUAGUGCAACAGAUUUACGAACAUUCCUUGGAUAAAUAUUUUUUCAGCUGCUUCAAAGAGAUCCCAAAAAAUAUUGAAUGUAAAAAAACGUUGGAAAACUAUUGUGACAUUCUGGAAAUGUAUACGAGCCUGUGCAACGUUUUGACCAAUUGUAUCACUCACAGCAACGAAUUUGCAUCCGUUGCUUCAUUUUCACCCGAUUCAAUCUAUCUCCUCUUCAGUUUUCUCAAUAAGAAACUCUACUACACUGUGAGUCCCAGAUUGAUUUACUUACGCAACCGACUUUGGAUAUCAAUCUACAAUUUUCUGGCAGUGCUCUCUCUCACAGAAAGUCAGCACUUUGAAGCCAUACAAACGGCCCUAGAACUGUGCGGUCCAGAAUUGGUAAUUAAUUCCAUUUACGAAGCAAUGAAAAAUAAUGCCACUGAAUUGCAAAUGAGCGCAAUCGGUUGCCUCGCGUUUUUGCUUUCUCAAGAGUUGCAGAAAGACCCAGAAAAAGGUGUUCUCUCUCUGAAAUCCGUUUUAGACACAAGCCUAAUGCUACUUUCCAACGGAAACAAAGAUUGCACUCUCAGGGAAGUUUUGUCAAAUGUCAAUAAACUUUCCAUAAGAAACUCGAAUAUUCACAAGAGAAAAUCCAAUGAAGAGGAGGAUCUCAAAAGCCAAAUUAAUGGCACAAAAUCCCAUCGUGAGAAGGAAAAUCUUACAGUUGGUUCUGAAAUUUGCAAAAUUCUUUUGCAUCUUUUUAUAGCGCAUAGUUAUGCCAAGACUAAAAAAGCUGAUAAGCAAUCCAAGGACAAAGAUCUUAUUGUGGGGGCGCUCACGAAUUUGCUCUGUGUUUCGGAAGAGGCGAAAAAAAUUGCAAUUAAGGAGGAUCUGCUGGAAACUUCUCUGAUGAUGUUGAAGGAAUUGUAUGUGAAAGUCAACGUUCAACCUUUUGAAUUGCACAGAAGUCAAACGGAUCGCGAGAAAAAGGUCCAUCCUUUGUUACACGAAGUCAAUGCCAUUUUCGUAUUGCUAAUGAACUUCAUGUAUAAGAGUGUCCAGGUUAAGGAAAUGUUUGCAAAUGCUGGUCUAGCUGACAUCGUGCAUAAAUUAUGGGCUUGGAUCGCUUUGCACAAAAGUGUUUUGAUAUCUGGAUUAAAAUUGAUUGCAACUUUUACAACCGAUUGCCCGGCAGCUGCUCAUUCGUUACCGUUGACAACAACUUUGCCCGGCAUGGGACUCAGAAAAACUCCAAACACAGUGGCUUUGAUACAUGUUAUUAUUCACUUGGUGUGCAAAGAAAUCGAGAAAGCAGGACAACUUUUUGAAAAUGAAAAAUUGCAUUUUGCGUUUCAUGCUCUGCGAAAUUCUGUACACAACCACGAGUGCAGAGUUGCCAUUUCGAAGAGCAAUCUUCUGCAGUUUUUCACGAAAAUUCAUCCUACGAGUACGAAAAGAGUGAAACCGUGGCCUUUGGUAGAGAUGUACUGUUUAGAAUUUCUCAUUGAUUUCACUUACUACGAAGAGGGACAGCUGAGCGUUUCAAAGGCGAUUGAUGGAUUGGAAGUUCUUGUACAGUUAGCAAGAUGUUCGAAUCCCUCGACACGAAUUUUGUCGUUGUCAACGCUGAGAAACGUGGCAUUUAAUGUAACAAAUCGCCCUCGUCUCUUAACCUCAGUCGAUUUCAUCAAUCUGCUCCACACGACAUUCAAAACGGGCUCGACAAUCGAAAUUGGAAUUGUGGGAUCCAUGCUUUGGUCACUUAUUAGCAAUAAUCAGAAAGGUAAAUUAAUAGCUCGAAGUACUGGCUUCGCACAGAGCAUCCAGGAAGUGCUCGGCAAAUUGACACUGAUAACAGUGCCGGAAGAAAAGCAAGAGAAAGACUUAAUCAAAAUGUUAGAGUACGUUUUACAGAUUCUAAGUCCCUACGAAAACAAAGGCGACCCUAGUUAGUGAAAGUUAAAAAAGGCCAUUCAUAGUUUAAAUUUUGAUAGAAUAUCUAAAUAAUAUCUGUACAUAUGCGCAACAUUUAUUAUACUUAAACCUAAAUCUCUAUUCUUAAUUUCUAGCUCUAAUUCUUAGAUCUAAUUCUCCGGGGCCUUAACAAAUUUACAAUAUUUUCAAAUGUUUUCGGCGGUAAAAAUGUGACUGUGUCACUAAGAAAAACGUUUGCUAUUAUUUUAAUCCCUCUCUGGAUUGUAACUCAAUUUUUUCUUCUAUGCUUGUAAACAAACGUAAUACAAUUUUUAUAAAAAAAAGGGAGAAACUAAUCGAGAUAUCAGAGUUAGAGGCAAACUCUUGAUUUAGGUAGAGUUUAUUUUUAGAAGUGGACUGACUAUACUAUUUAUAUUGUUUUGAGAUAAACAGAACUUGCAUUUUUGUACAAAGAAUUUGAAUGUCUUAUUAUAUUGAAGUGAAGUAUGGAAAUAUAAUAUGUUUUA